AUGAUCGAAAUCUGGCAGCGGUAUUCGAAGCCAAUGCAACUAGCGUUUCUGGACCUUGAAGCCGCGUUCGACUCUUCUCACCGAGGCCGUCUUCUCAACGCGCUGAGCGCCGAUGGAGUACCAGGAAAGUUCGUUCGCUUGCUUGAUGACAUGAAUCAACGAACAACUGCUGCAGUUCGAACACCAGCCGGAUGUACAACACCGUUUGAAGUGGUAACUGGAGUAAGACAAGGGGCAGUGGCAGGACCCUUCCUGUUCAAUUUCGCUAUCGACGACAUUAUGCGAAGAACAGUCGACCAGUGUCCCGCCGACAUUGUAUUAGCACCAUCAGGGUGCCCCUUGACUGACCUCGAGUACGCCGAUGAUGUUGUUAUAUUCGCGGAAAGCAGAACGAAACUUCAACAUGUUGUCAACCUUGUAUCGAAGCUGGCUGCAGCCUACGGACUACGCCUACGCCCUGAUAAAUGCAAGCAGAUGUGGAUCUCCUCGAGACCUCGAACGGGAAUCAGGGUGGACGGACAACCGAUAGAACUCGUCGAUGAGUUCUGUUACCUGGGCUCUAUGCUGAAAAACAACGGCAGCUACGAGAGAGAUGUUCAGCAAAGAUGCUCUAAGGCCACUUCUGCAUUUAACUCCUUAACGAAAUGCCUGUGGUCGAUCACCAACGAAGUCAAGCUGCGAGUAUAG